AUGGCGUCUGUCACAACCGUUGUCAGCGCCGAUGUCAUCGACCAACUCUUCCAGGGUCUAAAGAACAAAAACGCCGAAAUCCGCUCCCAAGCUGCAUACGACUUGCAGCGCUAUAUUUCUAAUUUGGUUCCUGAGCUGUCUUCGGACGGAACUGCUAAACUAUGGGAGGAGCUCAUCACCAAGAUUUUCGAGCUGGUGCACAGCCAGUCGCCGGUGGAGAAGCUGGGUGGCAUCCUGGCUAUAGACCAUCUUCUGAAGGUCGAGAAUGAGAUGGAUCCCAAGACCACCAGCCUCUUCCGACUCUUCAAUUAUGUCAAGACUCUCCUACCAGAUCCCGAUAUCAACGUCAUGCUGGCUGCUUCGAAGACUCUGGGACGUAUCGCCGAGAUCGGUGGAGCUGCGUUCGGUGACCUGGUCAUGGAGUAUGAGGUUCAAGGCGCGGUUAGACUGCUUCAAGGCGAGAAGUCCGAGCAGAAGUCGGAACAAGGGCGUCACGCGGGAGUACUCAUUCUCAAGGAGCUCGCGCGAAACAGCGCGAGCAACUUUCACGCCCACAUCGGUCUUGUGUUCGACAACAUCCUCGUCCCCCUACGCGACCCACGGAACAUCGUCCGAGAGAGCGCGGCGGAACUGCUUGCCGCGUGUUUGGAGAUCAUCACGCAGCGGGAGCGGUAUACAAGGAGUCCAUUCCUGCUCAAGAUUCUGCAGGAGGCACAGAUGGGCCUCAAGAUGUCACAGGUCGAGGCAAUACAUGGGUCUUUGCUCACAUACCGGGAGUUGCUUUUGCAUGGGGGCAUGUUCAUGAAAGAGACCUUCCUGGACGCGUCGGAGCAAAUUCUCUCGUUCAAGACCCACCGGGAGCCUGUCGUGCGCAAGAUGGUCAUCACUCUCAUACCAACGCUCGCCGUGUACGACACGCAAACCUUCUCGGAGCAUUUCCUCCACAAAGCGAUGCCGCACCUACUUGUGCAGCUGGAGAAAAGCAAUGAGCGCUCUGUCGCUUUCAUCGCUAUCGGCCACGUCUCGAAUGCCGUAGGCAGCGACAUGAAGCCCUUCCUCGAAUCGAUCAUGGUUCAUGUCAAAGCUGGUCUUCAGCAGAAAGGGAAGAAGAAUGCGCCUUCCGAGGAGCCCAUUUUCCAAUGUGUUGGCAUGCUCGCACAAGCCGUCGGGCCCAACUUGACGAAACUGUUGCACGAUCAGCUCGACCUCAUGUUCGCCUGCGGGCUGAGUGAGCCCUUACGUCAGGCGUUGGUGGCUAUUGCAACGCAUAUCCCACCCUUGCUGAAGACUAUUCAAGAUCGUUUGCUCGAUCUCUUGUCAAUGAUUCUGAGCGGGCAUAGCUAUAAGCCACUUGGCGCACCUUCUUCGCUGCUUCGCAGCGAGUCGGCGACAGCGAACAAGGAGGCCAUGCCGAUGGAGGUCGCAAACUCUAUCCGGGGCCCCGAGGUCUUGACUCUGGCUCUGACCACACUGCAUACGUUUGACUUUAGUGGUCACGUUUUGAACGAGUUUGUUCACGAAUGUGCUCUUCCUUACUUGGACCAGGAACACCCAGAAGUCCGGCGGGCUGCUGCAUUGACAUGCUGUCGGCUCUUCGUCCGCGAUCCAAUCUGCUACCAGGCCAGCAACCACUCCAUCGAGAUCAUCAGCGACGUCAUCGACAAGCUUCUCACCGCAGCCAUUGCCGACCCUGACCCGAGCAUACGACAGACAGUACUCUCGUCCUUGCACGAGCGCUUCGACAAGCACCUUGCUCAAGCCGAGAAUGUCCGCUCACUGUUUAUCGCCGUCAACGACGAGGUGUUCGAGAACAGGGUCACCGCAGUCGGCCUGAUUGGACGCCUUGCGUUGCACAACCCCGCAUAUGUCAUGCCAUCGCUUCGCAAGGCUCUCAUCCAACUCCUGACUGAGCUGGAGUACUCAACCGUCACGCGCAACCGGGAGGAGUGCACGCGGCUGCUUACCUUGCUCGUGAACGCUACUCAACGCCUCAUCAAGCCCUACGCAAUCCCAAUGCUCCGUGUCCUGCUCCCGAAGGCCAAUGAUACAAAUCCCACGGUUUCCGCGAAUAUCCUGAUGUGUCUGGGCGAGCUCGCGUGUGUUGGUGGAGAGGAGGUCAUGCCGCACGUUCCAGACCUCAUGCAAGUGAUCAUCGUUAAGCUCGCGGACCCGUCGCUGCAGAAGCGAGAUGCUGCCCUCCACACCCUGGGCCAAAUCUGCUCAAGCACGGGCUACGUUAUUGCGCCGCUCGUCGAAUAUCCCCAGCUUCUCCAGAUCUUGAGCAGGAUCCUCCGGACAGAGCUUAGCCAAACGGUCAGACGGGAAGUCAUCAAGGUCCUCGGUAUCCUCGGCGCGCUCGACCCGUACAGGCGCAAGAUCAAGCAUGAGGAGGAGGCUGCGAGCGAAGCAUCCUCGAACCCUGUCAACGCCUCAUCUAGGAAUCUCACUGGUGUCUCGACGGCUUCGGACGACUACUAUCAGACUGUGGCGAUCAACUCACUCUUGAAUGUCCUCAAGGACCAGUCACUCAAUGCCCACCAUCACAAGGUCAUCGAGGCCAUCAUGUCCAUAUUCAAGAUUCAAGGUUUGAAGUGCGUCUCGUUCUUACCGCAGAUCAUCCCUGCUUUUGCCUCCGUCGCGCGUACCUCUGGCUCGCGUUACCAAGACUUUCAUUUGGAGCAGCUUGCGAUCCUAGUCAGCAUCAUCAAGCAGCAUGUCCGGAAUCACACCACGGACAUCUUCCACUUGGUUCAAGACCUGUGGGACAACGCGGUUCUUCAGCUCCCUCUCAUGGGUCUCGUAGAGGCCCUCGGGAAAGCACUUGACGCCGAGUUCAAGCCAUUCAUUCCCAUGAUCCUGCAUCCCAUCUUGAGAGUCUUCGAGGGAGAGUUGAACGAGAAGACGAGCUUGACCCAGGCGAAGAUCUUCGACGCCUUCCUCACCUUUGGCGCCAACAUCGAAGAGUAUCUCCAGCUCGUCAUCCCCUUGAUCGUGAAGACAUACGAGCGCCCAGACGGAUCCAUCGCGCUGCGGAAGAAAGCGAUCCAGACGAUCGAGGGCCUCACGCUUCGCGUCAACUUCUCCGACCACGCCUCGCGCAUCAUCCACCCGCUGGUCCGCGUCCUGAACCAAUCGCACAACGAGCUGAGGAUGGCCGUCAUGGACACAUUGUGUGCACUUAUGAUCCAGUUGGGCUCUGACUUUGCGAUCUUCCACCCUACCAUCCGCAAGACGCUACUUCGAAACCGGUAUUCCCAUGCGCGAUACGAGUCUCAAAUCGAGAAGCUCCUCAGAGGAGAGAAGCUUGCUCAAGAAUCGUCUGCGCUGGACCUUGAGGGCUCCAGGACCGGAGAGUUCCAGGCGCCCGCAGAGGCGACCAAGAUGGCCGUGAACCAGCAGCAUCUGAAACAAGCGUGGGACGUAUCCCAGGUGGCCAACAAGGAAGAGUGGCAUGAUUGGAUACAACGGCUGUCGGUCGAGUUCUUGCGAGAGUCACCCUCCCAUGCUCUCCGCGCGUGUAUGACCCUUGUCGACGUUCAUCCGCCGCUAGCUCGGGAGCUCUUCAACGCCGCGUUCGUCUCGUGCUGGGGCGAGCUGUAUGACCAAUACCAGGAAGAUCUUGUUCGUUCGAUCGAAUUCGCCAUAACAUCAAGUGUUGCCCCUUCGGAGCUGGUCCACCGUCUACUAAACUUGGCGGAGUUCAUGGAGCACGAGGAAAAGCCACUACCUAUCGAGAACCGCACGCUGGGCGAGUACGCCAUGAAGUUCCACGCAUAUGCCAAGGCUCUCCAUUACAAAGAGCUCGAAUUCUUCACCGAGACAUCGCCCACCAUCAUCGAGGCUCUCAUCAGUAUCAACUCGAAGCUGCAGCAGCACGACGCGGCGUGGGGGACGCUCAUGGUCGCCCGCGAGCAGUACGACGUCAGCAAGCACGAGGAGUGGUACGAGCGUCUCGGUCGCUGGCAAGAGGCUCUCCAGACCUACGAGAAGCGCGCGAACGAGGACCCCAACGCGCCCGAGAUCGUCAUUGGGCGGAUGAAGUGCUUGCACGCGCUGGGCGAAUGGGACCAACUGGCGAAGCACGUCGAGGAGAACUGGUCUAGCGCGACGAUCGAGGACAGGCGCGAGGUCGCGCCCAUGGCAGCGGCCGCUGCGUGGGCACUGAACGAGUGGGAGUCGAUGGACGAGUACAUUCAGACCAUGAAGCCGGAUUCGGCCGACCGGCCGUUCUACCGUGCGAUCCUGGCGGUGCACCAGAACCAGUUCCCGAAGGCGAUGGCGCAGAUCGCGAAGGCGCGGGACUUGCUUGACCCAGAGCUUACUUCACUCGUUGGCGGAAGCUACGGGCGGUCCUACAACACGAUGGUCCGUGCACAGAUGCUUUCGGAGCUGGAGGAGAUUGUCUUCUACAAGCAACAUGCCGAUCAACCUGAACGCCAGGCGGCAAUGAGGAAGACUUGGAUGAAGAGGCUGCGAGGAUGUCAGCCAGACGUCGAAGUAUGGCAACGCAUUCUUCAAGUCCGCGCUCUUGUCCUCUCCCCCGACGACGACCCCGUCAUGUGGAUCAAGUUUGCGAACCUGUGCCGUGAAAACGACCGCAUGUUCCUCGCUGAAAAGACAAUCAACUCGCUGCUCUUCCCUGACAGACGGCAGCCACCCGGUUACCGCGAGCAGCAGUUCCAGAAGGCACCUCCGAUGGUCAUCUACGCGCACCUCAAGUGCAACUGGGCGAAGGGAGACAGGGAGGAGACACUGAACUACCUGCGGGACUUCUCCGCUAAGUUGGCCAAAGACUUGCAAGCUAAUUCUGCGGCCCGUGGCGAUGCGACGAAGUUGGAGGAGCUAUCCAACUUGCUAGCACGGUGCUACUUCAAGCUCGGCCAGUGGCAGGCUGCUCUUAAAGAAGAGUGGGAGGGCCGGAACAUGAAGGACAUUUUGCAGUCAUACUACCUCGCGACGCACUACGAUUCGUCAUGGUACAAGGCGUGGCAUACUUGGGCUCUGGCGAACUUCGAAGUCGUCAGUCACAUGGAGAAGCAGCAGUACCACAAGGCGAACGAGAUGCCGGGUCAAGAGCUGGCUCUGCACAUUGUGUCUGCGGUCAACGGGUUCUUCCGCUCCAUUGCGCUGAGAAACGAGAAUGCGCUGCAAGACAUCCUCAGAUUGCUCACGCUCUGGUUCAAGUUCGGCGCCCACGACGACGUCAGUCACGCCAUGAGCAGUGGGUUCACCGACGUGGAGGUCAACACAUGGCUCGAGGUCAUCCCCCAGAUCAUCGCGCGUAUCCAGACCCCGAGCAACAAUGUCCGCCGGAACAUCAACAACCUGCUCACCGAAGUCGGCAAGCAUCAUCCUCAGGCCCUUGUCUAUCCCUUGACCGUCGCCUCCAAGUCCUCAAGUGCGGUGCGGAAGAAGGCUGCGCUGAACAUCAUGGACAGGAUGAGGGAGCACAGCCCGAUCAUCGUUGAGCAAGCCUUGCUCGUCAGCCACGAGCUCAUCCGGGUAGCCAUCCUGUGGCACGAGUUAUGGCACGAGAGUCUCGAAGAGGCGUCCAGAUUGUAUUACACGGAUGGUAACCCCGUGGGAAUGAUCGCGUAUCUGGAACCGCUGCACGACAUGCUCGAAGCCGGACCGAAAACGUCGCGCGAGACAUCCUUCAUCCAGAUGUACGGCCGAGACCUCCGUGAAGCACGCGAGUCCUGCAGACGUUACACCAUAUAUGGCGAGAAGCGGGACCUGGACAAGGCUUGGGACAUCUACUAUCAGGUAUUCAAGAGAAUCGACAAAGCUAUGCCGGCGACCACCACCCUCGAUCUUCAGUAUGUUUCCCCCGAGCUCCUCAAGGCUCGCGAUCUGGAGCUGGCUGUGCCUGGAACCUACCAGAGCGGCAAGCCGGUCGUCAAGAUCGAGAGCUUUGCACCAAAACUCAGCGUCAUUUCGUCGAAGCAGCGACCACGUCGUCUGUCAAUCAAGGGCAGCGACGGCAACGACUACCAGUUUGUGCUCAAGGGACACGAGGAUCUGCGGCAGGACGAGCGUGUUAUGCAGCUGUUCAGCCUCGUCAAUGGCCUCCUGUCGCUGGACACGGAUUGUUUCAAGAGGCGUCUCCACAUCCAGAGGUUCCCAGUCAUCCCGCUCGCGCCGAAUGCCGGUCUUCUUGGAUGGGUCAAGGACAGCGACACGCUGCAUGUGCUCGUCCGGGACUACCGAGAGUCGAGGAAGGUUCUGCUCAACAUCGAGUACCGGCUCAUGCUCCAGAUGGCCCCGGAUUACGAGAACCUCAUUUUGCUGCAGAAGAUGGAAGUGUUCGAAUACGCGCUCGAGAACACCACGGGUCAAGAUCUGUACCGGGUCCUCUGGCUCAAGUCGCUCAACUCGGAGCACUGGUUGGAGAGACGCGCGACCUACACACGUUCUCUCGCUGUCAACAGCAUGGUCGGCCACAUUCUCGGUCUUGGCGAUCGGCACCCGUCGAACUUGAUGCUGGAGCGCAAUACAGGCAAGGUCGUGCACAUCGACUUCGGCGACUGCUUCGAGGUGGCAAUGCACCGCGACAAGUUCCCGGAGAAGAUUCCCUUCAGGCUGACGCGCAUGCUCACCUACGCAAUGGAAGUGAGCGGGAUCGAAGGAUCGUUCCGGACCACGUGCGAAAUCAGCAUGAAGGUCCUCCGUGAGAACAAGGAGUCGCUCAUGGCCGUGCUCGAGGCGUUCGUCUACGAUCCGCUCAUCAACUGGCGUCUCAUGGACACGCGGAGAGAUGGCGAGGGUGGGCGUGCGGAUCUGGUACGCCAGACUACGUACCCCGCCGCGCCGAUCCGGAAGCUGAAAGCGGACGAGAACGACAUCCUGAACGAGGCGCAGGAAGUCCGGAACGAGCGUGCGCUGUUCGUGUAUCGCCGCGUCCAAGAUAAGCUCACCGGCAAGGACUUCACCGAGGUGCCGCUGUCGGUGUCCGAGCAGGUCGACAAGCUCAUCCUGCAGGCCACGUCUCUGGAAAACCUGUGUCAGUGCUUCUCUGGAUGGUGUGCGUUCUGGUGA